AUGAGCAGCGGGCUGGUGCUGCGCACCCCGCUGCCCGAGGACCCCGCGGUGUUCACGCAGCUCAAACCCGUCACCAUGUCGGGGGAGCCCGGCGAGGACACCCCCGUCUUCGAGGACAUCAAACCCCCCUCCCGGCCCCUGGAGAACCCGCCCGACCUGGCCCAGCUGCACCCCAUGAGGAUGGACCAGCGGAUGCCACCACUCAUUCUGGAGGCACGCUCUGAGAUGGACAAGUACCUUUCCAGCGAGGUGCCCCCCAUCCCGAUGCUGCCGGACAAGAAGUACCGUCGGGAGAGCGCCUCGGUGGUGGACGAGUUCUUCUCCACGGAGAAGCCCAGCUCCACCCCCUACAGCGUCAACAUCAACGUCAUCCUGCCGGACACGACCCACCUGCGCACGGGGCUCUACCGGCCCCCCAAACCCAUGGCACCCUUCCCACAGAUCAAAACCGAGCCCGGCACCGGCUUCGCCCAGCCCUGCUCGUCGGCGCCCGGCCCCACGCAGACCCUGCCCGACUUCACCAGCGUGUUCAGCAUGCCCCAGUCGGUGGCGGUCAACAACAUCUUCAUCAAGCAGGAGAUGCCCUCGGAGGUCCCCUUGUCUGCCCCCCCCCAGCCGUCCCAGCUCUACCAGCUGCCCCUGGGCGGCGGCAGCGCCGACGUCCCCGCCCUGACGUCCUCGGGCAGCACCACCACGGCCGUCAGCUGCCUCGGGGGGGUCACCAUGGCCACGGGCAGCACCAUGGCCAGCGUGGGCCACAGGCCCGUCCCGCCGGCGGGGCCGCUGAAGCAGUACCCACACGUGUCCCAGGGACAGGGCAGCUUCAACAUCUCCGGGCAGUUCUACCCUGCCCCGGGGGUCACCCUGCCCCCCUCGCCCCCCAACUCGCAGCCGGGCAGCCCAGAGAACCAGCCCGAGCUCAUCAACACCAUCUCCCCCCCGCCGUCCUACGAGGCCACUUUUGGACUGAAACUGGUCCAGUCAUCCCAGGUGCCCCCGGUCCCCAAUGGCGUCGGGACCCUCUCCCAGGGGCACAUUGUCAUGCAGCCCCCCAAGUACAACCGACGCAACAACCCUGAGCUGGAGAAGAGGAGGAUCCACCACUGUGACUACCCAGGUUGCUCCAAAGUUUAUACCAAGAGCUCCCACCUGAAGGCACAUCAGAGGACUCACACAGGUGAGAAGCCCUACAAGUGCACCUGGGAGGGCUGUGACUGGCGCUUCGCCCGCUCCGACGAGCUCACCCGGCACUAUCGGAAGCACACGGGGGCCAAGCCCUUCAAGUGCCUCGCCUGCGGCCGCUGCUUCUCCCGCUCCGACCACCUGGCCCUGCACAUGAAGAGGCACCAGAACUAGGAGUUGCCUCCUUCCCACACUUCUCCAAGAGCAGCUGGAACUCUUUCCUCCUCCGAGGGGCCUCCCCUCGUGCUGUACAUAGGAACAAACCCACGCUGUGAUCAACUGGCAGGGCAGGGAUGGCGGGUGAACCCCCUGCCAGGCCUGUCCCCGACUCUUUCUGGUUUUAAAAGAAAUUAAAACCCCAACUGGCUCGUUUACAAUGAGUUCUAAUUACAGACUGAUCUCCUGACGAGGCUCCCGGUGCCACUGGGCUGACAGACCUUGGAUUCCAAAGGGCUUUCUUCCGGCAAACCUGCUAUUUAUUUGUCACUCAGGAGCAACUGUCCUUCCUGCCUCAAGUUCUUGGGGAUGGUUUUUUUACCCCUUCCAGGGUGGUGCCUUUGGUGAGGCCCAGGAGGGAUGUGACGGGUCAGCAGCUUGGACCCUCUUGGACUGCCCCAUGGCAUGGCCAUGGAUGUGACACCUUCUGCCAUGGUGUGACCAUGGAUGUGACACCUCGCCCCAUGGUGUGACCAUGGAUGUGGCACCUUGUCCCAUGAAGUGACCGUGGAUGGGACACCUUGUCCCAUGGUGUGACCCCCUUGUCUCAUGGUGUGACCAUGGAUGUGGCACCUUGUCCCAUGAAGUGACCGUGGAUGGGACACCUUGCCCCUUGGCAUGGCCAUGGAUGUGACACUUUGCCCCAUGGUGUGACACCUUGCCCCUUGGCAUGGCCAUGGAUGUGACACUUUGCCCCAUGGUGUGACCAUGAAGGUGGCACCUCUGUUGUGUGAGAACAGGAGCACAUGCCCAGGGCUGUUUGAGUUGACAAUCCCAGUCUCUGUGGGGGCAUAAGAGGAGAAGACCUAUGACAUACUCACCUGACGUGCCUUCAAGCAAGGGACAGCACAAAAGCAGGUGACAGAAGCCCCACCUGUGUCCUGUUGAGCCCAGCUGUGGUUUCCUGGCAGCAGCUCAGCUCAGCAAACACCUGCCCUGCCUGGCGAGGUUUUUCGGUUGUGUCCUUAGCAUUUCUGCUUCCAAGAUGAAUUUUGACUUCAGGUGUCUCUGGGAGGACCGGCAUGGGUUUGAAGCCACCCAAAAAGCCACUGAUGAAGGUCUGGUUUCCCAGAAGACACCGGUGGUGCCUUUCUCCAGAAGACGCACACAAGGACUCUGUGGUCGCCGAUCACACCAGGUCUGUGCUGUUGCCAUUUCAUCACCUUCAGAUGAGGGGAAAAAAAAUAGAAAAAAAGCAUCUUUGAAACAAAUUCCAAUAAAUCCUCCUGUUCAGAUUGUAA